GAGAACAGCAGCUGAUCACUAGUUUCUGCUUCUUUACUUCAUUAAUAUUAGGUAUCAGGAAGUCUUGAGUCUUUAACCGUCUGUCAUUAUUCGGUCAGUAUGGAGCUCAGUCAACUUCCUCUUGUGCUCUUGCUGAUUUCAAGCAUCCACUCUGCACACACUGAAGAAAGACCAAAACCCAAAGUGUCCAUUAAACCUGCUCAACAUGUGUUCAGAGGAGAGAAAGUCACUCUCAGAUGUGAUAUAUAUGAUGAAGGAGUCACUAGCUGGAGCUACAGCUGGUAUAAAGAAGGUUCAGACAGCAUUUUCAGUUAUCAGCAGGAACACACACUCAUGUCUGUUACUGAGUCUGACGCAGGUAAAUACACCUGUGACGGAUUUAAAGGAUCACGCUGGACACAAGAGAGUGAUGCAGUUACUCUGACAGUAUCAGGUCCUCCUAAACCAACUCUGACUGUUAAGCCACAGAGUUCAGUGUUCACUGGAGACUCAGUUACUCUGAGAUGUGAGCUGAUUCAGUCACAGAAUGGAUGGGAGUUUCUCUGGAGAAAAGACUCAAAUCCUGAAUCUACUGAAGCUAAAACUAAAACAAUAAAUCAUGUUGAAGUCUCUGAUGGAGGACAGUACAGGUGCAGAGCACGAAGAAGAGAAUAUUACACAGAUUACAGUAAACCAGUAGUAGUGACAAUAUAUGAAAGACCAAAACCCAAAGUGACCAUUACACCUGCUCAACAUGUAUUCAGAGGAGAGAAAGUCACUCUCAGAUGUGACAUAUAUGAUGAAGGAGUCACUAGCUGGAGAUACAGCUGGUAUAAAGUAGGUUCAGUCAGGUUUAUCAGUGAUCAACAGGAACACACACUCAUGUCUGUUACUGAGUCUGACGCAGGUAAAUACAGCUGUAAAGGAUCAGAGACAGAAGGAUCACGCAGGUCACAAAUGAGUGAUAAAGUGACACUGACAGUAUCAGAUCCCAGAGCAGUGUUAAGUGUUUCUCCACAGAACUGGUUGACUGAAGGAGAUCCAGUGACUCUGAUCUGUGAGGUUCACAGCUUCUCUACAGGCUGGACGUUCAGCUGGUUCACUUUAACUGUCUCACCAGAUCAGUAUGAUCAGCUGUCAGACAGCAGCAGAGGAGCAGGAGGAAACUACACGGUCAGUUCUGUUGCUCUAAAUCACACAGGAGUUUAUGUGUGCAGAGCAGAGAGAGAGAAAUCAGUCUAUAAAACACCGUUCAGCAACACACAGCUGCUGUGGGUCACUGGUGUUUCUCCUCCAGUCUCUCUGAUCGUCAGUCCCAGCAGAACUCAACACUUCACAUCUGUCUCUCUCUCUCUGAGCUGUGAGGACCAGAGUAACUCUACUGGAUGGAGAGUGAGGAGAUACACAGACGGUGGACGGCUGGAAGAUUGUUCAUUACGUGGAGGAUCUACAUGUACAUUCAGCUCCACCGUCCCAUCACACACUGGAGUGUACUGGUGUGAGUCUGAAUCUGGAGAGAAACAUCAUCCUGUUAAUAUCACUGUACACUCUGGUGUGAUUCUGGAGAGUCCUGUUCAUCCUGUGACUGAAGGAGAUCAUCUGAUUCUGCGCUGUUUAUAUCAGCAUACAACCCCAGCAAACCUCAGAGCUGAUUUCUAUAAAGAUGGAUCGCUCAUCCAGAAUCAAACUACAGAGAUGUCCAUCACCACUGUCUCAAAGUCACAUGAGGGUUUCUACUACUGCAAACACCCGACGAGAGGAGAGUCACCCAAGAGCUGGAUCUCAGUGAGGGAUAAGUCUUCCGCAGACUCAAGGUCUUAUAAACCCAUGAUAAUUGGAGUGACUGCAGGACUGACUAUCACUUUUUUGAUCAUUGUCUUCUUAGUCCUGAUGUGGCGCUACAGAAACAACAAAGGUGGAAGAUCUCCCUGUACUGUGAGUCAACAGCAGAGCCUCAGUCAGACAUCAGAGCAGAACCAGAGAGAAGUGCGAGACAAGACACUGCUCACUGGAACUGCUCAUAUUUAUGACUCUACUGCAGCUAUUUAUACAACUGCUGAUAAUGACAUAAGCACAGACAGUGUAAGUGCACCUUCUGAACUCACCUAUGCUGAGAUUGAACUGAAAUCUACAAAGAAAGAGAAGAAAAAGAAAGAAAACAAAGAGAAUAAACCUGAGAGUUCUGACUGCGUUUACUCUAAACUCAAGCUGCAGACAGAUCAAGGUGCUGGGUCUGGUGAAGUGAUUUAUGCUCAAGUUAAAUAAAAAUGUCCAGAGGAGAAACGUUCAAUCCCAGGAUGCUGAUGGGUGGAAAUGAACCAGGAUCAUCAGUAAUCUUUAUGAUAUUGAUCACUUAAUGGAAA